AUGGAGUGCGCUUCGCGAUCGAGUGACCUUGAGAGGCGAGAGAUGGUGAAGCGGUUUAAAAGAGCGAGAGCCAAUGAGAGGUCGAGUGAAAUUGGAGGAGCGGUGAUUCGAGUGAUUGUGCUGGUGGAGAGGCGGAGGUGCUCUUGCCGUGAAGUCGACGAUGAUGAGAGAGAUGCAGUGAAUCGAGUGAAACGGCGAGGUCGAGUGACUGUAAGGUUGAGAGGCGGAGCGUUCGGCGGUGAAGAGAUCGAGUGGGCGUUGAGGAUUCAAGUGGAGUUUAAUGGAAGUGGAGGAGAUGACGAGGUGAUGAGGUCGAGUGAAGAGGGAUGGGGGUCGAGUGAUGGGGUUGACGUCGAGUUGAGGAGAAGAGAUGAGGAGAGAUUUCUUGUCCUUUGGUCUGUUGCAUGGAGGACAUGGGCGUCAGCGGUGGGUCCCACAAUGUCUUCUUGUCCUUAUUGUGUACUCUUUGUUUACUGUAAAAACCCCAGGAAAUCCCGCAAUCUUCUAUAG